AUGGUCGGCGACGCCCAGAUCGGCAAGACGUCGCUCAUGGUCAAGUACGUCGAGGGCAGCUGGGACGAGGACUACAUCCAGACGCUCGGCGUCAACUUCAUGGAAAAGACAAUCUCCAUCCGCAACACCGAAAUCACCUUUUCCAUCUGGGAUCUCGGCGGCCAGCGCGAGUUUGUCAACAUGCUGCCCCUCGUCUGCAACGACGCCGUCGCCAUCCUCUUCAUGUUCGACCUCACGAGGAAGAGCACGCUCAACAGCAUCAAGGAGUGGUACCGCCAAGGCCGGGGCUUCAACAAGACGGCCAUCCCGCUCCUCGUCGGCACAAAGUACGACCACUUUGUCAACUUUCCCCUCCAGGACCAGGAGGAGAUCUCGAAUCAGGCCAUACGCUUCGCCAAGGCCAUGAGGGCCUCGCUCAUCUUUUCGAGCACGAGCCACAGCAUCAACGUGCAAAAGAUCUUCAAGAUUGUCCUGUCGAAAGCCUUCGAUCUCAAGUGCACCAUCCCGGAGAUCGAAAACGUCGGCGAGCCCCUCUUGCUCUUCGUCGGCCGCAUCUCGAGUCGAGCCUCUCGCGUGGCCUCGACACCAUCCGUCGCCUUGGCCGGCCGCGCCCGAGACGAAACCCGCCCACGCCGGCCGAGCGGCCUGUCCUCGUCGACGGCCGACGGCAACGGCCAUGCGUCCGCCUCGUCCCGCCGCCGACCUCUGGAUGCUCAUUUCUUGCGUGACCUUCGACCGCGACCACCUUGCCCGUUCCUGUUCCUGCUCCCCCCGCCGGCCGCGCCGAGGCGGGCGCACGAUGUCCGCCUCCUGCGGCGAAAGCAACGCCGCCUUGUUGACCUGGGCGACGCGUCGCCGCCGGCUGCGCGGGGCGAGCGGCCGACCUCGCCGAGCGGGCGGAACCCGACGAUGGCGACUCGCGUGGGAACCGCGCCCAUGUCGAGCAUCGAGCGGCAUGUCGAGGGACGAGCACGACCGACCGACCGACCCAAGGGGGCCGCCGUCUCUCCAAGCUGCGAGUGUUCAUCGUCAUCCGCAAAGGUCCGCGUGUUCAUCGAAGCGGGCUUCGUCGUGACCGUCUGGUUCCCCCAUCCACGCAGCGGCAAGAAAUCGGCAUCGCAGCUUGUUCAUGGUGCGGGCAAGGAAAUGAGCUUCCGUCCAUCGCAGGUGAAGCCCAUGGCCGAACCCGUCACGUAA